AUGGCCAGCAUUGGACCCUCUGCACUCAGGCAGGCAUCCCGCCUGGCCUCUAAACAACCGUCGUUAUCAGCAUCGCUGCGCAGAGCGUCACAGACAUCCCGGGUGGCGACCUCUCUCCCACAUACGCAAGCUGCGUCGCGGAGAGGCUACGUCUCAGAGUCAAAGAGGGAUCAUGCCCAGGUUGCAGAGCCCAAGAUCGAGACCGCCAUACAUUUGGAUAGGGAGGUUCUGCAGAAGUCGGGCCUGGCUAUGAGCGGGCAGAAGCAGGGUGAUAUGCUCGUCAGCCCUAUGGCAGAUGUCCUAAAAGAAGCUUCGCUGAUGGACGAGGGCCAGAGACCAAUCUACCUCGAUAUGCAGGCAACGACGCCUGUCGAUCCACGCGUUUUGGACGCUAUGCUCCCUUACUACACUGGAGUAUUCGGCAAUCCCCACUCGCGGACACAUGCCUACGGCUGGGAGAGCGAGAAGGCAGUUGAGGAGGCACGACAACAUAUUGCCACACUGAUAGGCGCCGACCCCAAGGAGAUCAUUUUUACCAGUGGCGCUACUGAGAGCAAUAAUAUGAGUAUCAAGGGGGUUGCUAGGUUCUUUGGACGGUCUGGCAAGAAGAGACAUCUCAUCACAACGCAGACGGAGCACAAGUGUGUCCUGGACAGCUGCAGGCAUCUACAAGACGAGGGGUUCGAGGUCACGUACUUGCCAGUCCAGAACAACGGCUUGGUUAACCUGGACGAGCUCAGAGCUGCCAUCAAGCCCGAGACGGCCCUGGUGAGCAUCAUGGCCGUCAACAAUGAGAUCGGUGUCAUCCAGCCGAUCGAGGAGAUUGGCAAGAUGUGCCGGCAGAACAAGGUAUUCUUCCACACCGAUGCUGCCCAGGCUGUUGGAAAGAUACCGCUGGACGUCAACGCCAUGAACAUCGACCUCAUGUCUAUCUCCUCCCACAAGAUCUAUGGUCCCAAGGGCAUCGGUGCCUGUUAUGUCCGUAGACGGCCUCGUGUGAGGAUUGACCCUAUCAUCAGCGGAGGUGGUCAAGAGAGAGGCUUGAGGAGCGGUACCUUGGCGCCGCCUCUGGUCGUCGGAUUUGGUGAGGCCUGCCGCAUUGCCAAGGAGGAGAUGCCGUACGACUCCAAGAGGAUCAAGUAUCUCUCUGACCGACUUCUCAAUGGCCUCCUGUCGCUCGAGCACACGAGCCAGAACGGCGACUCCAAGUCAUUCUAUCCUGGUUGCGUCAACGUUUCAUUCGCUUAUGUUGAGGGCGAGUCGCUCCUCAUGGCCUUGAAAGACAUUGCCCUGUCUUCGGGAAGCGCCUGCACGUCUGCGUCUCUCGAGCCCAGCUAUGUCUUGCGAGCUCUUGGCAACAGUGACGAGAGCGCCCACUCCAGUAUCCGCUUUGGUAUUGGCCGAUUCACCACAGAGCGGGAGAUCGACUACGUUUUGAAGGCAGUGCAAGAACGUGUCACGUUUCUUCGAGAGCUGAGUCCCCUAUGGGAGCUGGUGCAGGAGGGCAUCGACCUCAACACCAUCCAGUGGAGCCAACACUGAGUUCAUCAAGACGGUCAGAAGACGAUGAUAUCAGCCACUGGUCGUGAUGGAUACACGUGAACCCACCCAUCACACACGUGGGCUAAAAAAGGGACCGUCAUUGUCCAACUGCUCUUUGUAAAUCAUAUUGUACGGUCAAGCACCAUCACCUCCGGUUCUUAUAUUAGUUUUAGGGGGAAGGCGGAAGGCGGAAGGCGGGCGACCUUCUCUUGACGGGCUUGCUUUUCUACUUGUCGGCGUCAUGGCAAUUUGUAUAUUGGGGGAAAGGGAUACCAACGUCACUCUGGACUUUCCAUCAUUCAGCUCGUUUGCAAGUAUGGGCAUCGUUUUCACAGUCAAGGUAGUUACGGAUUCAACAUGACAUGUCCUACCUGUG